AUGUCUGCGCACCCGCGUGCCUCCGCGCAGCCACUGUUGCUCCCGCACGGCCGCGUCAAGAUCACCGUGGUCUGCUACGAGACGUUUGCGCUGCAGCCCGGGCAGCCCGCCGGACGGAUUCGGCUCUCGCUUCUGAAGCGGCAGCACUCCAGCUCCCCCGCCAUCGGCUGUGUGUGGCUCCGGCUGUCGGGCUCGCACCAAUCGCGCAGGAACGCGCUGCUGCGCUCCGUCCAGAUACGUUCCUGCGACUUGCUGCUCGAGAGGCUGCGCGCCGCCUUUGACGACACCAGCCUGCGUCGCCUGCUGGCGGCGGGUGCGCGGCUCGAGCUGCAGAUGGAGAGGCGGCCGGAGCAGUGGUCUGCCGAGGCUGAGGUUGAGUUCCGCGCAGAGAUGGAGGGCGCGAGGGCGCGGCUGCGGAGCCUGCGCGCGAAUGCGCCUCAGCCGGCCGCCGCCCGGCCGGAGCCUCCGAGUGCCUUCAUGUGCCCGAUCUCGCACGAGCUGAUGAGCGACCCGGUGGUGGCGUCGGAUGGGCACUGCUACCAGCGCAACGACAUCGAGUCGUGGCUCGAGAUGAAGGGCACCAGCCCGAUGACGGGCGCGCCGCUCGCGCAUGCGCAGCUCUACCCCAACUUUUCCCUGCGGAGCCAGAUCGAGAAUUGGAAGGAUCUGAUCAACGCGGCAUGA